CGUUUUUCACUUUUUUUCCAUCCAUAUCUGGAAGGCGAGGAGGAGGAGAAGGGGGCAACCAGAGCGAGGCGACGGGCAGACGGAGAGGGCUCCCUAUCCUCCGGCGAGCGCUGGAAGGUAUGGAGCAAGAAGCACCUGUUGAUCCGUUUUGGUGGGCUCUUCAUGUACCCGAAAAAACAGGAAUGGGCAAGACUUUGGCCCUUGUCUUACAUUCCAUGUUCCACUCAGCAUCUGGCUUCGGGAAUUUCAUUGACAAUAUGCCACAUGGGGAUACCCAACAUCCCUCCAAAGGUUUUGCUUGCUUCAAAUGCAUGCUGAAGGCAAUGCACCUAGCUACUUAUGUGGCAAAGAAUGGUGAUCAGAUGAUUGAGCUGUUUGUUGAGAUAUGUGACAGAUGGUCUGUAGACGUGAACAUAGAGAGUGAACUUGUGUGGUACUUGUUGACGGGAUUUGAGACUUGGGCCAAAGAACAUGGAGAGUCAGACUGUGAAAGCAAUUUCUAUAGAUUGUUUCGCUUCGAUACCCACGUCAAAUGGGGAUGUUACCAUUGCAAGGAGCACUUCAGCUCAAGCAGCUCACAAUAUUUGUUUGAGGUUGGUGGUAGAACCCUUCACUUGUACUUAACGCAACUGACUACCGAGAUAUGGAGAGCAUGCAGCAAAUGCAAAGUUGAGACUGGCUAUGACCGUGUUAGCUUGGGUAGGCUUCCCCUUGCUUUGGUCUUUGCUAACGCUAGGUCUCCGUUGGUGAAUCUGAAAAUUGAAGAGGCAGAAUAUGUGCUCAGCAUCGUGAUACCAAAUGUCUUGAAGCUGGAGGCCUUUGUUUUAUCACAGGAGGGAGGAUGGCUUCAGAUAAGUCUUAAGGGAGCGCCUCAAAUAUCAAAUUUGAGACCUGCACAAGUAGAUUUCUUGGCUGGAGUGAUGGACUACACCUUCUACUCCAAGAUCUGAAAUGUGCAUCUAUUAGCUUUCACUUGUUUCCCAGGACGUUGUUUGCUGGAUGUUAAUUUGGGGUCUGCCGGUCUGCUCCAGUCUUUAUCUUAGGUUAGGUACCAGGCCGAUGAAAUGGUUUGGCCGGUGCGUUGUUACAUUGAUUUGUAGCUGGCUUUCCAGUAAACAGUUUCUUUUGCUUUCGAGCAUUCUAAGACUCUUAUCACUGCUGUUCAAUAAAUUGAACCAAGCACUUGUAACUACCAUUGUCCCUUUCAAAACAACUGCUACCACUUACCAUUUAUUUACUUUGCUGCUUGCUUGCUUAGCUAGGCAGCAACGGAAGCUCU